CUCCCAACAUGGAGGCGCUGGGGGGAUACCCCACCAAAUCCUCUGCCUUUAGAGCUAAACUCUUCAAAGUCUUGCUAAGUGUAGCCGUGUGCGUGGGCUCGCUGUAUUUAAUACAAACUAAACUCUCAAAGUCGCGCAAAGCGAAAGAUUUCUACUCGUAUGAAGUGAAGGACGCGAGAGGAAGGACCAUGUCACUGGAAAAGUAUCGGGGGAAAGUCUCUCUGGUUGUAAACGUGGCGAGUGGCAGUGAGUUAACGGAGCAGAAUUAUGGAUCUCUGCAAGAGCUUCACCGAGAGCUCGGUACGUCCCAUUUCAACGUGCUCGCUUUUCCAUGCUCGCAAUACGGUGACACCGAGUCAGGUACGAGUCGAGAGAUCGAGGCAUUCGCCAGAUCAAACUAUGGUGUGACGUUCCCCAUAUUCAGCAAGAUCAAAAUCAUGGGGUCGGAGGCGGAGCCUGCCUUUAAAUUCAUUACAGAUUCAGUACAGAGAAUACCAAAAUGGAACUUCUGGAAGUUUCUUGUGAAUCCCGAGGGUCAGGUGGUUCAUUUCUGGAAGCCUGAGGAGCCCAUCGAGGAGAUUCGUAAGGAAGCCAGAGUGCUCGUGCGGAACAUCAUACUGAAGAAAAGACAGGAACUAUGACAGACAAAAAAAAAACCUUCAGAGACUCAAAAAUAAUUCCCUCAGUGGGCACGUUUUAGUGCACAUAGAUCAUCGGUGCCAAAAUCAUCCUGAGCCCUUUGCCUGUGGCGAUCUUCAUUAUCAUUGAGAAUAAAGUGUUUUGAGUCAAGUGAAUUAAUAGGAUAAAAGACAUUUGAUAAAAGUCAGUUAAGACCUGUCUUUCUCUACUUGUGUGUGUGAGAAUAAAUGGAUUUUUGUGAUUGAAGUAUGGUUUUGAAAAACAAAACAUGAGGUUUUUUGAUCAUGCUUGCAGCUUGAUGGUUUAGCAUUUUUUAAUAAAACAAUUGUUCAAAUCCAAUAAUAUAAUUGUUUUCUGUUGUGUCUUAAGAAAACUGUUGAACAAUCAUAAAUUCCAUAAUUGUGUACUGUAUGCAUUGCUUUGGCAAGAUGAGUGCAAGCUUAGACACGUUUUAUUGUAUAAACCUAUCUGUUAUGUAUAAACCUUUUAGAAUAUUUCCACAUUGAGGCGCCAUUCAUAUUUUUGUCCACUAGAUGGCAAAAUUGUACAAUAGCUCUCUUAAUAGAUCUGGUUCAAGCAUUACAUGCAAAAUAUAUGUGCACUAAAUACUACAUUGUAACAUAAAAGCA